AUGAUCGUUUGGGUUCAGCUCCCGGCUCUGAAAAUCCACUUCUACCAUAAGGAGGUUCUCACUACUUUGGGCAAUCUCAUCGGUCGGACUAUCAAACUGGAUUACCAUACUCUCACGCAGCAAAGAGCUAAGUUUGCUCGCAUAGCGGUGGAGGUUGACAUUUCGAGGCCUCUAGUUCCGAGAAUCUGGCUAGAUGAUGAGUGGCAGAAGUUCGAGUACGAAAACCUGUAG